CAGUGCACAGCGCUCGUUGCAACAUCUUAGACCCACUAGUAUGGCCACUGCAAACAAGAUUUUUCGGUAUUUGGCAUCGCUCUUUGCCAUAUGCUUUAUUUCGGCUGAGUCAAGCGAGGAACUUUUUAGGGGCUUUGCCAACUUGACUUCGGAAGACGAGAACUGUCCCGCGGGUUACACGCUCGUGGGAAGCCAGUGCCUCAUGUUCGUCACCUUCGCUGAACAGAGCCACAGUGAUGCGAGACAAGUGUGCCACUCUACCUCGGGAGAACUGCUAGCUAUUACUACACCUACGCAGUUUGUGCACGUUGUAAAUCAUAUCUAUGCUUACGGUUACACUGGACGACAGUUCUGGUUGGAUGGAUCAGACGCAGAGAUGGAAGGCAACUGGGUGACUUCCUCUGGCCAGGCGGUCCCUCGAGGAACUCCCUUCUGGGCGGCCUUCCAAGACACCCAACAGCCUGAUAACGCCCACGGAGCAGAACAUUGUCUAGAGAUGGAGUCUUCCGAGUUCUUCUAUCUGAAUGAUGCAGUUUGCGAGGACAAAAGCAACUUCAUAUGCCAGUACAGUCCUCAAAAGCAAGACAAGCGAGACUUAACCCCAACCACUCAAGUUUCGAAGGCAGCUCACUUGGAAGCCUACAGCAGCCAAUGCCCAACCUUUUACGUGGAGGUUGGAGGCCUUUGCCUGAUGUUCGUCACGUGGGCGGAGGAGACCUGGCAAGAGGCUAAGCAGACAUGUGGAGACUCGAGCGACCUCCUGGCUAUCACUGAUGCUGAAGUCCUUAGAGCUGUAUACCUCUACUUGCAUCAAGAAAAUAUAGCAGACCACAGUUUCUGGUUGGGUGGUUCUGAUUCCAAUGAAGGAAACUGGGUCUUCACCACAGGAGAGUCUGUCCCAAUGGGCACACCUUUCUGGGGUCUAUAUCGCGGAGACAGUGUCAUGCAGGAACCUCAAGGUGGCACUCGUGAGAACUGCCUGAUGUUGCAUUCUGGAGGUUCUCAUUAUUUCCGGGACGUAACUUGUUCCAUGAGACUGAACCCAAUUUGUGUUUACAAUGGAUAAGCACAGUCUUAGAUGUUACACUUGAAGUAUGUGAGUGCAUAGUGCAGAGACCAAAAAUAAAACGAUGAAAGUUAU